CCCAGCGACCAAACAACAUGGUGGCCUCCUCUCCAGCAGCUGUGGAUUGUGUACUUUAAUGUAGCUGCUGUCAUUUCCAACCAUGCUGACCUUGUGUGUUUUUCUUUUGCUCCUCGCGCGCCCCGCGUCCUCGCGCACCGCAGACUCGGAGGAUGUCAGUCCUCCCUCUCAGCCCAGUCUCCUGUCCCUGUGGCACAACAGGCUGUACCUGUACACUGCUGCUGCUCUCAUCUUGGGCAUGUGGUUAUCACUGAAGAUGGUUCUAAAGAAGCAGAAUUUGUCAUCGGAGGAUGUUUCUUUUAUCAGUAAAGUUGAGAGGAACAGUCACCAGCCCCACAAGGAGAUUGAAGUUCAUGUGUCAGGAGUAAAAAUCUUCUAUGGCUCUCAAACUGGGACAGCGAAGGGAUUUGCUCAGCAGCUGUGUCAGGAGGUGAAGGCUUUGGGUUUACCUGCUGAAGUUAUCGACAUGAAAGACUACGAUCCCGACGAUCAGCUGGCCGAUGAGUGCGUCAGUAAAACGGUGUGUGUGUUUCUUGUGGCCACCUACACGGACGGGCGUCCCACGGAGAACGCCGAGUGGUUCUGCAAGUGGCUGGAAGAGGCCUCCACCGACUUCAGAUACGGGAAAACCUACCUGGAGGGCCUCAGAUACGCCGUGUUUGGACUCGGCGACUCCGUCUACGUCGGCCACUACAACACGGUGGGGAAGAAUGUGGACAAGUGGCUGUGGAUGCUCAGCGCCGUGCGCAUCAUGACCAGAGGCGAGGGCGACUGCAACGUGGUGAAGAGCCGCAGCGGCAGCGUCCAGGCGGACUUCCUCUCCUGGAAGGUCAGGUUCCUCAGCCGUCUGCAGGCUCUGGUGAAAGGAGAGAAGAAGAGCUGCAGCGGGAACUGCAAGACUGGAGGCUCCUGCAAGAACAAGAAGAGAGACGAGGAGCAGCAGCAGGAGGAGGAGGAGGAGGAGGAGGAGGAGGAAGAAGCUUCUCUGCAGAAUCACAGCUCUGAGGAGGACCUGAUGGAGUCCAGCAGUGAUGAAGACGAGUCUGGCCUUCAGGAGAGAAAGCCUGGCUCUGUGGUGGACGUGGAGGAUCUGGGAAACAUCAUGAGCAGCGUCAAGAAGGCAAAGAGCCGAGAGGAGGUCCGGGUGAAACUCUCCAAAGUGAACGGAGUGAAGAGGAUGGAGGACGAAGGGGAGAGACGAGAGAUGAUCACCCCGGCGCUGAGGAACGCUCUGACAAAGCAAGGAUACAAGCUGAUUGGGAGCCACUCGGGAGUGAAGCUCUGUCGAUGGACCAAAUCGAUGCUGCGAGGGAGGGGAGGCUGCUACAAGCACACGUUCUACGGGAUCGAGUCCCACCGCUGCAUGGAGACCACGCCCAGCCUGGCCUGUGCCAACAAGUGUGUCUUCUGCUGGAGACACCACACCAACCCCGUGGGCACCGAGUGGCGCUGGAAGAUGGACCCCGCCCACAAGAUCCUGGAAGACGCCGUGGAGAAGCACCAGGGCAUGAUCCGGCAGUUCAGAGGUGUCCCCGGAGUGAAGCCGGAGCGUUACGAGGAGGGCCUGGCCGUCAAGCACUGCGCGCUCUCCCUGGUGGGUGAGCCAAUCAUGUAUCCCGAGAUCAACGCCUUCAUCCGCCUCCUGCACCAGCAGCACAUCUCCAGCUUCCUGGUCACCAACGCGCAGUUCCCCGAGGAAAUCAGGAGCCUGGUGCCGGUUACCCAGUUGUACGUCAGCGUGGACGCCAGCACCAAAGACAGCCUGAAGAAGAUUGAUCGGCCACUUUUCAAGGACUUUUGGCCGCGCUUCCUGGCCAGCCUGCGGGCCCUGGGGGAGAAGAGACAGAGGACGGUGUACAGACUGACGCUGGUCAAAGCCUGGAACGUGGAGGAGAUGCUCGCCUACUCAGAGCUCAUCGCUUUGGGCCAGCCGGACUUCAUCGAGGUCAAGGGUGUGACGUACUGCGGCGAGAGCUCUGCCAGCACUCUGACCAUGGCGAAUGUUCCCUGGCACCAGGAAGUGGUCGCCUUCGUCCAGCAGCUGGCCGACAUGCUGCCUCAGUAUGAGAUCGCCUGCGAGCACGAGCACUCCAACUGCUUGCUCAUCGCACACACCAAGUUCAAGGUGGAGGGCGAGUGGUGGACGUGGAUCGACUACCAGCGUUUCCAGGAGCUGGUCGAAGCGCACGAGGAGAGCGGCGGCCAGCGGAGCUUCUCCGCCUCGGACUACAUGGCCAAGACUCCGAGCUGGGCUCUGUUUGGCGCCCGGGAGCAAGGCUUCGACCCGGCCGACACGCGCUUCCAGCGCCGCAACAAGACCAAAGACAUCUCAGGCUGUUGACCGGCGCCCGGCACAUGUUCAGGGUACUUUUAGUGUUCGUGUUUUUAUUUCCGUUUCAGUUUAGUUUACUUGUUUGUGUGCACUGCUGCUUUUGUGGAAUUUCUUUUCUUGUGUUUUAAAUUUGGAUUUUUGCCCUCGAGAUCAGCAAAAAGCUGCAAAGAAACAAAAAACCAAUCCUUCACACAUUCCCCUUCACCGUCGUUUGUUUUUCUACAUGUGUUCACAUGUUUCGCACGUCCCACUUUUACAAAGUCUGAUUAUCACAAAUGUCAAUGACUUUGAUCUUUAUAAUCACCUGGCAGCAUCAGGGAAUAUUUCAAUUAAAGUUGAACCUUCAGGUGGUUUAUUUACUCACCUAAUUGCUGGUUGUUUUUUUUUUCCUUCUUUUUUUUUUCCUGUGAGAAUCCGGGAAUCUGUCGCAGCUGAACAGACAGGACGUGAUUAGCAUGUAGAGGAUGACGCCCUGCGUCCUCCUCAGGUUGUCAGGAGGAUUUACACACCUCCUCCAGACACUUUAGCCCCUGAGCCCAGUCAGUGCAGCCACAGUCUCUGAAGUGAUGGAGGGGGGGCAUUAAGGCACUGGGACAGGCUCUUCACAGCUUCUCAUCGCCCCCCUUACUUCACACUUUCAGCACAACGGUUUUGCUUUGCUUGGUUUCACCUGUUUGAGCCGAGAAGGCGGGGAAUAUGCUGCUUUUGCCAGAUGUAGUUACUGAA